AUGGCGCCGCACGCCGAGGUAGACUCGGGCUCUGCGUAUGGGGAUGGACCUACCAAUGGCAAUAACUCGACCACCCCCACUACUAAUGACAGCACCUUCACCGUGAACUCGCCCAACGUGACCUACACUAACAAUGAGAUCCUGUCCAAGUACACCUACCGAACCACCAGCGUGGCACAGGAUCCCAAUGGCAAGUACGUGGCCACGCCCCAAGAGACUCUGUAUGACUUCAAGGUCGACCGCAAGGUGCCCAAGACCGGCAUGAUGUUGGUGGGAUGGGGUGGCAACAACGGCACCACCGUCACCGCCGGUAUCAUCGCCAACCGACGUGGCUUGGUCUGGGAGACUCGUGAGGGACCUCGUACUGCCAACUACUACGGGUCUGUGGUCAUGGGCUCGACCAUGAAGCUGGGAACCGAACCCAAGACCAUGAAGGAAGUCAACAUCCCCUUUCAUGACGUCCUGCCCAUGGUCCACCCCAACGACCUCGUCAUCGGCGGAUGGGAUAUCAGCGGCAUGAACCUCGCCGAGGCCAUGAACCGUGCUGCCGUCCUGGAGCCCACGCUGAAGGAACAAGUCAAGAAGGAAAUGACACAGAUGGUUCCGCUUCCGAGCAUCUACUAUCCUGACUUUAUUGCCGCCAACCAAGAGGACAGAGCUGAUAACCUCAUCGAUGGGAGUAAGGCCUGCGUGGCCCACGUUGAGAAGAUUCGACAGGACAUUCGUGAUUUCAAGUCGCAGAACAACGUAGACAAAGUCAUUGUUCAGUGGACGGCCAACACGGAACGCUAUGCUGACCUUGUCCCUGGGGUGAACGACACCGCAGACAACUUGCUCAAGGCCAUCGAAAAAGGCCACGAAGAGGUGUCCCCGUCAACCGUCUUCGCAGUAGCCUGCAUCCUGGAGGACGCACCCUUCAUCAACGGGUCGCCUCAGAACACCUUCGUCCCCGGCGCCAUCGAACUGGCCGAGAAGCACGGCGCCUUCAUUGGCGGCGACGACUUCAAGUCGGGCCAGACCAAGAUGAAGUCGGCCCUGGUCGACUUUCUGAUCAGCGCCGGCAUCAAGCUUACCUCCAUCGCCAGCUACAACCACCUGGGUAACAACGAUGGCAAGAACUUGAGCUCCCAGAGGCAGUUCCGGUCCAAGGAGAUCUCCAAGUCCAGCGUGGUUGACGACAUGGUCGAGGCCAAUAAUGUUCUCUAUAAGCCAGGCGAACAUCCGGAUCACACCGUAGUCAUCAAGUACAUGCCGGCCGUCGGCGACAACAAGCGCGCCCUAGACGAGUACUACGCCGAGAUCUUCAUGGGCGGUCACCAAACCAUCUCCAUCUUCAACGUCUGCGAGGACUCCCUCCUAGCCUCUCCGCUCAUCAUCGACCUCGUGCUGCUCGCCGAGAUGAUGACGCGCAUCCAGUGGCGGGCGCGCGCAAACUCAGCCGAAGCCGAGAGCGCCGAAUUCAAGGGCUUCCACAGCGUCCUGAGCAUCCUCAGCUACAUGCUCAAGGCGCCGCUGACGCCGCCCGGCACGCCCGUCAUCAACUCGCUCGCCAAGCAGCGCGCCGCGCUGACCAACAUCUUCCGCGCCUGCGUCGGCCUCGAGCCCGAGUCCGACAUGACGCUCGAGCACAAGCUGUUCUAG